AUGCGCGCGAUUUUCAAAGCUAGAAAGGAUCCACAACCUCAGCUAGAACAAGAACCGUAUAAUUCUGACACGAGAUACUCCAUUGAACUGCCCGCUUUCGCAAAAAUCCAAAACUCACUGCAUGUCUACUUUGAGAACAUGUCGAGACUGUUUCCCGCCCUCGACCGUGAAAAUACCUUGUCCCGUAUACAUAAAGCUCUUGAGAGCUUGCAAUAUCCCUCCUCUGGUCCGAAAAUCGAUAUUGACUACGCCGCCGCUCCAACCAUUGCACUGCUGUGCAUCAUCCUCGCUAUUGCCGAAGUGAAUGAGAACAACGCCUUGUCUUCCAACAUCAACUCCCAAGCUUCGAAUUUUAGAGAUCAUGCACGCAGCUUACUACAGACGUUUGAGCUUUUGCCUCCGAGCCUAGAAAUCCUUCGAUGCCAUACUCUGACCACCAUAUACCUUCUCUUCAUGGACUUUCUUGAUCUUGCUAUGCAGUCUAGCGCCGUGACAGUUCAAAUGGCAAUGGCUCUCCAACUUCACCAGCAAUCCCCAGUCCCCAGAAAAGAAAGUGACGACCACGACCGAAAUCUAUGGUGGACAAUCUACAUACUUGAUCGUGAUAUUGCGUGUCUUGCCGGGACACCCUACCUUAUUAGGGACGAGGAAAUCGAUGCACCAAGGGCGACGCGGGACGAUCACUUUGAAAGAUUCUCUCGGGCCCCAUAUAUCAAUUGCCAAAGCGAGUUCGACGAGCAAGCCACGACGUUAGAGCGGUCUCGUGAUCGAGACUCCACGUACUUGGAGGCUCUAGCUUACUUGGGUCGCCUUUGGGCUCGCAUUUGGAACGAAUUAAUUUCCAAUCAGUUGGAGCCGGAAUGUCAAUGGCAAAUAGCUGCAGUCUUGGAUAGCCAAAUUAACAUCUUUCAACAACGGCUGCCGUCUACACUUGUCUGGAGAAAUACAUCGAGCCCGGGGCUAGAUGUAGAGAAUGAAAUUCAACGACAGCUUCUUGUUUUGAUGGUAAGACGAAUUCUUGAAUUUAUGUUGUAUCACCGAUUCACUGACCUUGAGACUGGUGGGUAG